UAAAAUAAGGUGGAUACUUGGAUACAUUGUUGUACCUUUCAUGCCAACUCAAAAAAUUAUUUUUUUCUUUAGUUGACUACAUGACAGCCCAAAAGCUCAUGAGAAAAGCUCAAAUCACCUCGUGUCCUGAACUCUCAGACGCCUCCAUCACUGAGAAAAGGCCAACCAGGCUGAAGAGACCACCUUUACACCUUUUAGAGUCAGAUAGUGAUAUCACAGAUAUUGAAGACAGUAAUAUCGACACCAGGCCACCAGCAAAAAUACCAACCCUUCCCUCUCCACCGAGAACAAUGGAACCAAGAAGGAACUCAUCCAAAACACCUGAGCCAUCACAGACAUGUGGGGGCCUUGACAGCUUGCCAAGAGCUGGAUUUUGUGAUGACUUCAAUUCAAAUGGGCAAAAUCGUACAUCAAAUAACAAUUUCCAGUUAAAUGUCCUCAUGAAACUAGAUAAAAUAAUUGCAAAACAGGAAGAGCAUUCUCUCUUGCUUCGGCGGCUACUGCAGACAAGAGAGGAAGACACAGGGCCAGAGAACCCUAUCCCAUCUAUUGGUCAGUUACCCGACUUGCUCUCCUUUGAGGAUAAGCUGAGGGUGGACGAAGAGCUCCAAAGAAAAACGGUUAAAUACCUUUCUACAAUUGGAGGACCAAACUAUGGAGAGACAGUGCGGCGAGUCAUGAGAAAAAUCACUUCCUCAGACGUCUGGUCAGUUUAG